AUGGCGUCCUUCAAGUCCGUCGGCGUUGUCUUGGUCACCGUUAUGGCAGUCGUCAUGACCUUCUUUAAAUAUGUCGAUCAACCAUCGAACUGGGUCUACGACCCGGCGCGCCUGCAGCAGAUCGCACAGCAGAGCAUUGCCAACGCCAACGCGGCAAACGGCGGCAGGGCAACGGCAAAGCAGAUAACGGACGAGACUAUUCGUCUGACGCUGGAGAACUACCCGCUAACUACUCACUACACAGGCCGCUGGCUCUGGAACAACGCCGGCGGGGCAAUGGGGUCGAUGACGGUGCUGCACUGCUCCUUCUCCGAGUACCUUAUUAUCUUUGGCUCCUCCGUUGGCACGGAGGGGCACACGGGUCGCUACUUCUGGGCUGAGGACUUCUUCAAUAUCCUCGUCGGCGAGCAGUGGGCAGCUCUGCCUGGAGUGGCAGAGAAGGAGGUUUACCGCCCAGGAGAUCAGCACAUCCUUCCACGCGGCACGGCAAAGCAGUACCGCAUGCCGGAGGAGUGCUGGGCUCUCGAGUACGCACGGGGCAACAUUAUAUCGAUGCUUUUCUUUGGUUUCGCUGACUUGCUCAGCUCCACGCUGGACGUGACGACCCUCCACCAGACUGUGUUGGAGAGUGCGGGGAACAUGCUCAGGAAUAUCUUCAUCGGCAAAAUCUGA